UAUCAACUGGACUAUUUGUAGGUUGUGCAUUUCAACAAUCUUCUCCACAACAACUUGGCGUUUCAUUAAGGAAAUCGAAAUAUGUCUGUGAUUUCAACCAUUUGUGCGUUAAUAUUUCAAAUUGGAGUAGUAUAUGGAAAGGGGCCGUUGUGUCUGGAGUGUCACAGCGAGGCUUUGCCGACAUCAUGUGAUACAGUAGUACAAUGUGGACCUCACGAGAAAUGUUUGCUCCGAUCAUUUGAAAACGAGCGAGGGAUGCAGUUAUACCAAAGCGGCUGUAUGGAUUCAAUGCACUGCGCCAACCUCCUUACCAAUGGAACCGUUGUGCGACGGACAAGUAAGCGAGAAAUUACCAUGUGUCUUGAAUGCUGUGAAGACAACUAUUGCAAUUCUGGCGGAUGUAAUUUACCAGGUUUUACAGCGAUGCAUGGAUAUGCUCCGGUUUGUUUUAAAUGCCAAGACGUGAGAAGCCCCGAAGAAUGCGACCACAUCGGACGCUGUAACCAGGGUGAAGCAUGCUACAUACAUAACUCCUCCCCUGGACAUUAUCAGAUGGGAUGUAAGGCCACUCAGAACUGCCAGCAUCUGAAUUCUAAUAGUGGCUGCUCCACGUGUUGUUCCGGGGACUUCUGUAAUAGACAGUGCACAACUUCGUCAUCAGGUCAUCACCAGAAUCACGUGACUACUGUAGAACCAGCUCAUUCUAGAACAACUCCAACUAUAGGUACAACAAUCCAACCAUUAUUACGAUGUUUCGACUGUCCGGAGAGUACUGACCCUCUUUGUCAUUUUCAUCACAUAUGUCCACAGGAUCAUGUAUGUUACAGUAGCACACAACGACAACAGAACAACAACCCUACUUACCUAUUCCAAUGCAAACACAAAACGGAAUGCCCUCUUGAUUCACAAUAUACGGAUUGGGUUGUCCUUGGGCGGCGUAGUGGGUUCGAUAGUGGUGGAUAUUGUUGUUUCUCUGACGAUUGCAAUUAUUUACCUCCCACCAUCACACAGCUGCACACAACACCUAUAACCAGCAGUAUGCCCACAAUAACAGAUGUCGGACCACUACUAAAGAAUGCGACAUAUGGGGUAAAUGUUGGAUUACACUGCGCUGCCACCGGGUCUCCGAAGCCUGUUAUUCACUGGGACGUACCGUUACCACUUCCUUCACCUGUAAACUAUGUGAGGCCUGCUACGGGAGACUUAAUUAUCUGGCAGGUGACAAGAGAGAAUGCGGGUUACUACACAUGUGUCGCUACAAAUGAAAAUGGAAUUGACUCACAGACAGUAAAGUUGACGGUAGCAUGACAACGCUGAUUGACAGUGAUAAAAACUCAAAACUAAACAUGUAAAUUAGAGAAGGUCCACACUAUAAUAAAAUAUGACUCCCUAUCAAUUUC